AUGGAGGAUCAGAAUCCUAAUACAGAGUAUACAGAGGAGGAAACUUCUGAGAUUCAUCAACAUUCCAAAUCACAACCUUCUGAAUCACAUCCAAUUCAGUUACCUGAUUUUCUGACCAAUCCUUCUAAUCAGUUUUUCUUGCAUCCGAAAGAAACACCAUCGGUGGUGUUAGUUUCACCGUUGUUGAAUGCAAACAACUAUCACACAUGGGCCAGAGCAAUGGCAGUGGCUCUCAUCUCCAAAAACAAGAUCGGAUUCAUCAAUGGAUCCAUAACUCCACCGCUAGAAACAGAUCUGAAUUACUUCGCUUGGCAAAGGUGCAACAAUAUGGUAGUAGCUUGGAUUCAUAAGUCAACAUCACAGUCUAUUGUGCAAUCGAUCAUUUGGAUAGAAAAUGCUCAAGAUGUAUGGCUGGAUCUACAGAGAAGGUUCUCAAGAUCAGAUGUAUUUCGUAUUUCUGAUCUUCAAGAGGAGAUUUACAGAUUACAGCAAGGAGAGAAGAAUGUCACUGAGUUCUUUACAGAAUUGAAAACGUUAUGUGAUGAACUCGAUAAUCUUAAACCACUUCCAGUAUGUAAAUACAACACACGUUGUUCUUGUGGAGGAUAUAUGAAGAUGCAAGAGUAUCGAGAACGUGACCACAUGAUUCGGUUUUUGAAAGGUUUGAACGACCAAUAUUCACAAGUAAGGUCUCAAAUCAUGUUGAUUGAUCCAUUACCUGAUGUUACUCGGGUUUUUGCAAUGAUUGUUCAACAAGAACGUCAGUUUCAAGGAGAAAUUCGCUCAACAAAUCCUAUUAAAGCUCAAGCUUUUGCAGAUAUUGAUGAACGUAAUAUGAGUAAAAGAUUUUUCAAUGGUCGUGGCUCGUUUUCUGGAUUUAGAGGAAGAGGUAGAAGUACAAAUUACAAUUACAGUGGACGCAAUUCAUCAUCCAACACAUAUGGUGGCCGAGGCAUAAUCAACAGAUUAUGCACGCAUUAUGGGAGAUCGAACUAUACAGUAGACACAUGUUUUCAUAUCCACGGUUUUCCACCACGUUUCAAAACUAGGAAUGAUGUUAAUUCUAUCACCAAUAGUGCAGCUCAAGACACACGAAGUGAGCAAUCUGGCCUUCCAUUCUCUAAUGAUCAGUAUCAACAGAUUCUAAGUCUCUUGUAA